AUGACGUUCCGCACCGAAUCCCGCGCUAGCGUCGCGGCGUCCGACACCACGUAUUACACCUGCGCCUACCAGAGCUUCCACGACGUCGAGCUCUACGCUCCCAGCUCACCGCCCUCCAAGACCCCCGUACUAGCACCGGCUCCGGUCCGGGCUCCGGCGCCUCCUUCGGCUCACCAUCACCAAGACUUUCAACACAAGGACAAGGAGCCCGAAACAGCCGAGAUGCGCCGCCAGGACUCCGGCUAUGAGUCCCUCCCGCCACGAUCCUCCUUCUCCAACCCUCGUCGCACAUCGACAGCAUCAUCCUCUCAGUCGUCUAACUCCCCGCAUCCUCGGUCCCGCGGUCGCCCAACGAUUCGCCGCGCACCAAAGACGAGCCCGUACCCUACGGCCGCCCGCACCAGCGGCAGCAGCUUGUACCACCCUCACCGCCAGAGCCUUCACUCGGCGCAUUCCCAGCCGCCCGCGACCUUCUUCCACUUCCCUGCGCACCCAACGGAUGUGGAGCUCGCUGCCAGGCGUCCCCGCGAGGAGCUUGAGCUCGACCAGCGACAGCUGCUCUCGCCAGGCAGGGAGGAGUGCACUGGAGUUGCGCCGCUGCCACCGCAGGCUACGCACUAUUGGACCAGCGACCGAACUCGGCGGUUGGAGUAUGCUGCUAUCGAUGCCGCAAGCAGGGGCGUCAAAGGCUGGGUGAAAAGGCACCUCGUUCCGGACUGCUUCGUGCCCAAGGAGAAGCACGUUGCGUUCGACGACGAUACCGGCAGUGUGCGACGCUACCGACUCGAGCUCGACGAGGAGAUGCCCUGUGAGAAGGGCAGGUGUGGGGGCCGCAGGAGGGGCUGGUUCGAAUGGAAACGAUCCAAGACGGCUUGA